CUGGAGAGAGAGAUCCCAGCCCCUUCCUCCCUCCUCCUCCUCCCUGCCGGCGGCGGCAGAGAGGGCUGUUUGAACCCGGGCUGCAGAGGCGAGCAGCGGGGCUGCAGGAGGCUGAACCACACGCUGCUGGGGAAGUCCAGGCUCGGUGCAAACAUCUUUAAACCCGCUCCAACUACCUUUUUAUCUCUCUUUUCAGCUUGUUCGUGGACGCGCCGGGAGAGCAGAUUUAUUURAGUAUAAACAAAUAAGUAAAAUUAAAAACAAAAGUUAACUUUCUGGGUUUCAUCUGCCCCGUGCGGUGGCCAUCAUGCGUGCCCAGCGGACUCUCCAGUCGGGCCGGACAGCGCUGCCGCUGCUGCUCGCCGGGCUCCUCGCGGCUCUGUGGCCGCUCUGCGCCGCCAGCUGCCCGGAGAAAAACCUGGAGGUCAGGGAGGAGGAAGCGAACGUGGUCCUGACCGGAACCGUGGACGAAAUCAUUAACAUGGACCCGGUGCACAACACGUACUCCUGCAAGGUCAGGGUCUGGCGCUACUUGAAAGGGAAGUCCAACGUCAACCGUGAAAUCCUUCUGGACGGAGGCAACAAAGUGAUGAUCGGCGGGUUCGGCAACCCCCGGAUCUGUGACAACCAAGUGGCCACGGGCGACACGCGCAUAUUUUUCCUCAACCUUGCGCCGGAGUCCGUGGGGCCGGAGCACCAGAACGAACUCCAGCUCAACUCCAGUCUGAUGAGGAUUACUCUCCGCAACCUGGAGGACGUGGAGCACUGCGUGGAAG